UGGGUUUGAUUGUAACGGGGAGUAGCCCACCCCGGGCUCGCUUUACCACCUAUGGAUGCGCAGGACGCCUUUCACUUGCUUCGGGCUUUGGGUGCGGGCGCAGUGGUGCAGCUCCUCUCGGCUGACGCGUUUCUCUUUCAUAUUUGAACCAAACACGAGACACUUCGUCGUUUGGAGACGAUUCCCUUCCGCCGCAGGACAAAUAGGUUCACGUGUGUGGAUCUUUGGGUGGGGGGUGGGGGGGGGGCGUCCUUUUUUCCCCCCCAAUUUUAAAGACCGCAACAGCCACGACUUGACACCCGGGAAGGACUCCGGUCAGCCUGAAGCGGAGGGUCACUGAGGGUCACCUCUUCUUCCAUUGACUCCCAAUUGCACGCACGCAGAGUAACACAGAUAGACACGUCUCCACGGCGACACAAUCGGCUUCACACCCACGCACGCAGACCCUUGGAUACACACACACUCACGCACGCAGACCCUUGGAUACACACACACUCACGCACGCAGACCCUUGGAUACACACACACACACGCACGCAGGGCCUUUCGAGCAGGAUGAGGGAUCCCUGGAGGUGCCUGCUGGGCCUGUGCCUCCUGGUUUGCGCCGUGUCCAGCCACGGCCCCGCCAACCCCUUCGCGGGGCAGCAGACCCCGGUCGACCCUUGCUACGACGACGCGGGCGCGGCCCGCCGCUGCAUCCCCGACUUCAUCAACGCGGCCUUCGGCAAGGAGAUGGCGGUCUCCAGCGCGUGCGGCCGGCCCCCGUCCCGCUCCUGCAGCGUGGUGGAGCGCGGCGACGAUCGGCCCUCCGUGCGCACGUGCCAAAUCUGCGACGCGACGGACCCUCGCCGCGCCCACCCCGCCUCCUACCUCACGGACCACAACUCGGCACACAACCUCACCUGCUGGCAGUCGGAGAACCUGAACAGCUCGCCGCACAACGUGACCCUCACCCUGUCGCUCGGGAAAAAGUUUGAGAUCACCUACGUCAGCCUGCAGUUCUGCUCCCCGCGGCCCGAGUCCCUGGCCAUCCACAAGAGCAUGGACUACGGCAAGACGUGGGUGCCCUACCAGUUCUACUCCUCGCAGUGCCGCCGCAUGUACAAUCGGCCCAACAGAGCGGCCAUUACCAAGCAGAACGAGCAGGAGGCCCUCUGCACGGACGGCCACACUGACCCUUACCCGCUGUCCGGGGGCCUCAUUGCUUUCAGCACCCUGGACGGACGGCCCUCGAGCAAAGACUUCGACAACAGCCCCGUCCUGCAGGACUGGGUGACCGUCACGGACAUCCGCGUGGUCUUCAGCCGGCCGCAGCUGCCCCGGGAGCUGGGGCUGGGGGCCGGAGGCAACGGCGGGGGAAGGGACGACGACGACCCCGCAGCGGCGGCGGCGACGACGACGCUGCCGACUUACUUCUACGCGGUAGGAGACUUCCAGGUGGGCGGGAGGUGUAAGUGCAACGGACACGGCGCCCGCUGUCUGAAAGACAAAGAAGGCAAACUGGUGUGCGACUGCAAGCACAACACGGAGGGACCCGAGUGCGACCGCUGCAAGCCCUUCCACUACGACCGGCCGUGGCAGAGGGCCAACGCCCGCGAGGCCAAUGAGUGUCUGCCGUGCAACUGCAACCUCCACGCCCGCCGCUGCCGCUUCAACAUGGAGCUGUAUAAACUGUCGGGGAGGAAGAGCGGAGGCGUCUGCAUGAACUGCCGCCACAACACCGCCGGCCGCCACUGCCACUAUUGCAAGGAGGGCUUCUACAGAGACCUGGCCCGGCCCAUCAGCCACCGACGGGCCUGCAAGGCCUGUGACUGCCACCCUGUGGGCGCAGCGGGCAAGACGUGCAACCAGACCACAGGCCAGUGCCCCUGCAAGGACGGCGUCACCGGCAUCACCUGCAACCGCUGCGCCAAGGGCUACCAGCAGAGCCGCUCGCCCGUGGCGCCCUGCAUCAAGAUCCCAGUGGUCAACCCCACAGCUGUGGUGAGCAGCACGGAGGAACCGGCAGAUUGUGAGUCCUACUGUAAACCAGUGAAGGGCAACCUGAAGAUCAACAUGAAAAAAAUCCGCCAAAAGGGUUUUGGCAUUCUCCCUCAGGUGUGUUUCCCCAAUUGUGUCCUCAACGGUGCAAGUGAACGUCCUGAACAUGGAGCCGUCGGGGCCUGCCGAAGUUCCAGGAAUCUGGUGUCCGUGUACAAGAGCCGCGCCGACCCCUGA